GUAGCGAUGCUUUCAUCAUACGGAGUAGCCCAAGUGGCGAUAUUGAUGCUAGUAGAACUAGGAUAUGUGCUCGUUAUUGGCGUCAAGUGGCCCUAUGCUGACUCUGGCGACAAUAAGUUUCAUCUACUGUUGGGUUUUAUCCGACUGGUGGUCACAGGAUGUUCAGCAGCAUAUGUGCAUGAUUUAAAUGCCUCGCCUGAAGCGCGGCAGAUCUUUGGCUACAUUCAGAUGGCAUUGCAUCUGAUUACAUUUAUUAUCAUGUUUGCGCUCAUUCUCUGGAAUACGAUCCAAGUA